UUUAGUGUGGCCAGGCCGAUAUCGCUUGUCGUGUAUCAGCCGUGUCGUGUCGUGUGUAUCGAGUUCCGAUAAGUCGCAUCCACGGCAAGACAGAAACGAAACGAAACAUAAAUCCGAAGACACCAACGCGAGCGGGGAGGGUUGAGCGAUCGCCGUCUUCGCCACUCAGGUCAGGAUUAGGAUUCUGCAGGAGGAAAUAACAAGUGAAAUUACACCUGAAGGCCAUCUACGGCCCCACUGGGAGCAGUGAGACGAACCACCAGAACACACCUUGGCAGCGCGAUGCGUUAGAGUUGCUUCCAGGAACCAGUGUAUAAACGGUUUCCGAGAACUGCCACUAACACAGAAGCAACAGCCAGCCAGCCAGCCAGCUAGCAGCAAGGUGUGCGUGUUGUGUGUCGUGUAAUAAAGAGUGCGAGUGCGAGUGGGAGAGAGAGAGAGAGAGAGUGCCCACAUCAAAAUAAAGUGCCACUGGGAAGCGGGCUAAGAGGGCAGCUAAGAAACCCAGUGGAGUAGCCAUGGGACCGCGGGUCCUUGAGCUGGUUGUCGCGCUUCUGCCGCUGCUCCUGCUCCACGACGUCCUGGCCAAUGCCGAGCCCGGCUGGCUGGAGCCCGUCAAGGUGGAGCAGCUCAUCGGCUCGGACUUCAACAUCAGCUGCACCAUCAACCAGACGUACCUGCGGGAGAUGAACAUCUCCAGCGAGCAGUGCUCCGUGAAGAUGCUAUUUUUUGAGUCCAAGUCGAUCAAGUACCGCAACAUACCGGACAUCCGGCAGCUGAACGACACGACCAUCCUGUUCAGCGCUCGGAACGCGUCCGAGCAGGACCAGGACUACUCGUGCAUGUGCGGGGAUUAUGUGAUCAACACCUCGAAAGUGUACGUGGGCACACGGCCCAUGCCGAUCAAAGACUUUGGCUGCAUCGCCUACGACUUCGAGUAUAUGGUGUGCAACUUCACGGAGCCCCACAACCGGAUAAUCACCAAGUACAAUGUCACGUUCACCACCGAGAAGGAGGCCCACUACAUCUAUCCGGUGGAGUGCAACUUCGACGCCGCCCCGGUGGUCACCUGCAACAUCACCAACGAGCUGUACAAGCGCUUCAACGAGUUCUACUACUUCCGACUCCACAUGUUCAACGCCCUCGGCCAGGUCGAGCAGGAGAUCACGGUGAAUCACUACGAACGCUCGGUGCCGGCCCGCCCCGGCCAGAACAUAUCGAAGGUCAAUGUCACCGAGAGCUCCAUCUGCCUGUCGUGGGACAUGCCCCGGCGCACCACCUACGACCGUGGCCUGGCCUGGCUGGUGUACGUCGCCCCCCAAAACUUCAGUCCGCUGCAGCGCGACUAUUGGCGCAACAACAGCUCCACGAUCAAGGACUUUCUCUGUCUGACGGAGCUGCCCUUCGCCGGCUACAACUACACGCUGCACCUGCAGGUGCGCAUCAAUCUCGAGAACACCAUGUGGAGUGAGCCGCUCGUCUAUGAGUUCGCCACAGCCCCGGCACGUCCGCGUCGUCCGCCGCGCGUCACCUACGGCAGCUUCUACGUCUACUCCUCGGAGACGAAUCUGAGCUUCUUCUGGGAGCCGCUGGAGCCCCAGGAGCUGAACGGCCCGGACUUUCGAUAUGUCAUAAGCGAGUUUCGCGUCAAUGGGAGUCUAAUGGACCCCAACCUCAUCCAGGUGUUCUCGAACUCGGCCCUGAUCGAAGGAUGGAAACAGAACGCCCACUACGAGAUCCUCAUCCGCAGCAGCAACAGCAUGGGCGUCUCGGUGAACGCCACCCGGAUGUCGAUAGGACCAAUUAGCGCCGAGGAUUUCCGCGUCCGUGUGCCCAAGAAUAUCCGGAGCGUGUACCACUCGAGCAACAACAGCUACACGCUGAGCUGGGAGCCGCCAGAGGACCUCUACGACCUCACCAACUACACCGUCUUCUGGUGCGUCCCGAAGCCGGGCCUGCUGUCCGAGUGUGAGGGAUCCAUACGGUUCGCGGAGGUCGCCUACGGCCAGCAGCUCUUCACCACGGCCAAGAACCAGCUGCCCACGCUCCACAUGGCCGUCUCGGCCAACUACCGGACGCACAACACGGGCCUCCGCUGGCUGAUCUGCAGCAGCGACAAGAAGGACGACCUCGUCAAAAUGGAGCCCUCGAUCGAUGCGGCCAGCAAUUCGUCCCUGACCGUCAAGUGGAGCACCGAGCGCGUCUGCCCGGUGAUCCUGGCGGGCUACAACCUCACCUACUGCCAGCGCUCCACUGGCCGGCCGGACAACUGCACCACCGAGGUGAUCCACGACCGCGACGCCCGCCAGCACGUGAUCCGCGACCUUGUUCCCUACACCGACUACAGCGUGAAGAUGCUCAUGUUCUCGGAGUCGCGGGCCAGCAAGUACAGCGACGAGCUGGUGAACAGAACCGGAGAGGCUGCUCCCAGCCAGCCGCGGGAGCUGCAUGUUCUGCGCGUCGACAGCUCCAGUGUGCGACUGGCGUGGAAGCCGCCGCUUCGGGCCAACGGCGUGGUGCGUACCUACGAGGGCACCUUCCGCUCCCUCGAGUCGGACUACAGCAUCGUCGAAGACUUCCGGGUGGCGGCUUCGGCCGGCGAGCUGGUCGAGAAGGAGAAGUUCAUCGCCUUCACGCUGGCCAACCUGACGGCCUUCACCCGGUACGAGGUGACCGUGCGGGCCAAGACCCUGUAUCCCUCAGAGCCCAGUAAUCUUGUGGAGUUCGUCACGGCCAUAGGAGUUCCAUCGCCGCCAUCGUUAUUUGUGACCAACAACAAGGAUCAGACAUCGCGCCUGGACUGGAGUCGGCCCAGGAUACCUGCCGGCCGCAUCGACUACUACGAGAUCUCGGUGCGGGACAACAACGAGAGCUGCCUGACGAGCCUCAUCCUGUCGGGCAAGAACCGGUCCUAUGUGAUGCCCACGCCGCGCUGCACCAGCCACAAUCCCUUCCAGCUGGCGGUGCGCGCCAUCAAUGUCGAGCAGCUGCCGCCCCAGCUGCAGCAGCAACUGGAGGCGGGACUGGAAGCCACGACCCUGAUGACUGGACUGUCGCUACAGAGCUCCCAGAGCUGCGACCCGCGAACGGACGCGCUGGGCGAGGAGGAGCAGGACCGGUUCAGGGAGUACGGCGCAAAUGCGAGUGCCUACCAACUGCACAGGUCGGAGUGGGGCACCUACGGCUUCAUUUGCACCCCCGACACCCACAGCCUGAAGGCCAUGUACCAGACCAUCGAGGUGUGCGUGGCCAUCCUGGUGCUGGGCGUCAUCUUCUAUCUGGUGUACAAGAAGUACCGCAAGAUGUCGGAUAUCGGCUUGGUGCUGCCACCGGGCAUAAUGGAGACGCUGAAGAAGAACGAGAUGGGCGGACUGGGCCAGGGCAUGACCCCGGACCUAUCCAGCGGGGGCAUCGUCUGCACCAUGGUGGGUGACUCGCCGCAGUACACGUCCCAGGAUCUGCCCCACGACUUUGGCAGCUGCGGCAGCGAAAGCUCGAAGCUGCUCCGACGCACAGGCUCCUCUUCGGGCGGCGGUGGCUGCGCAGAUCGCGAAAUCUACGUCGACCAUCCGGAAUCGGGACCGAUAAGCGGCACAGCUCCGCCGGCGAGCUACGUUGCAAUGCGCCAUGGUCUCCUCAUGCAGGAGCGGGAAAGGGAGCAGGAGCGCGAACGAGAGCGAGAGAGGGAGCAGGAGCGGGCGCGCGAACUGCAACAGCAGCAGGGCGAGGAGGACACGGAGAAGCAGGGCCGGGAGCAGGGCGGCGGUGGCAACGGAUAUAUAAAGCCCACGCAGAUGAAGAACUGGGCGGGCAACGGACACUUUCCCGCCAACCCGAUGCCGAUGCCCAUGCCCAUGGCUCCGCCCCGUGUCCCCAUCAGCGGCUACGUACCUGUGCCCAUCGUGCAAUCACGGCCCAGCCCAGCUCUGGCCCCGAUGCCGUCCGCAGCCCUUGCCCCCGCCUCUGGCCCUGGCCCUGGCCCUGGCUCAGUCCCAGCUCCGGCUCCAGUCUCCGGCACAGCCCUGAAUCUGGCGCCUGCCCCGGCACUGUCCACCGCCGCAGCUACUGCCACUGCUGCGUCCACAUUCUUUCCACCGGCCCACCUGCUAACGGACAACUACGUGCAGGCCUCGGAUCUGCAUAAACUGAAGCCGCUCGCCACAGCUUCGGCAGCCGGAGGAGCCGGCACUGGACCGGCAACAGUUGCAGGCUCCCUGCCACCGAUGGCGCCAAUCCGCCAACUGCCGCCUGCGACGCCUGCCGGGCCGCCCAAGCUGGCCGCUGACAUCGGCUACACCACCAUGGAGCAGCUGCAGCUGACGGGGCUGAUGAAGCCGCCGUUGCCCCACGCGAUGGGCUCGCCGUCGCAUCCCGCCGGCAUCGGCGAAGCGGCAGUGGGUAAUCCGGGCAAUCCGGGCUCCAUGCCGCAACACUCUCGCCUCCAGCCGCAGAUCAACGGCUAUGUGACGCCCCAGGACCUGAACGCCCUGGCGCACAACAGGCACGUCCUCUAAGUUCACAGAGCAUCCCCCCCUCAUCGCAGCACGUGCGACAUCCUGAUGUCCUGGCCACCUACGUCGCGUCCAUCCACACCGCAUCCUCUCAUCCACACAUCUGCAUCUGCAUCUGAACACUUACUCUAAGCCGCGCCAUCGGAUCAUCCGCAUCCGCAUCCACAUUCUUAACUGUAUCUGUAUCUGUAUCUGAAUCCGUAUCCGAACCCGUAUCCAAGGCGGGCACAUGUCGGGCAGCUGUUGUUUAGUAAUUAGUUGCGAAUCACAUCGGGCGAAUGCACAAACACUGUUCGUCCAUAAUUUAUUUUGUAUUUCGCGAGGCGUGCGUUGGAGGCGCCCAGGCGCCCAGGCACCCGCACGAUACCCGUGACCCGUGACCCUUAAGCCCAUGACCCAUGAGGCACAAGGCACACCAGAAAAAAAGAAAGUAUUUGUAAAGCUGUAGUAUUUUUUUAUAUAUUCUUAUUUGUACACUUAACAACUGAACUAUCCGCGUGUCAAGGAAACAACAAAAUGAAAAGGUCGAGCUUAUUAUAUUAUGGAUUAAAGUAAUUUUAAUAAUAAUGAUAUCCUAUGUAGAUCAUACACAGACGUUGUAUGUAUAAUUUUAAA